AUGAUUACAAAAUUAAGAUAUAUUAACUUAAUUUGUUACAAGGCCAAGAAAUAUUUAAAUCAUAACCUAGGUGAACACUUUGGAACUUUCAGGAUUCCAGAAAGUUUGCAGGGUUUUUAUGAAAAGAAAAAGGAAGAAAUAGAAUUGAAAAAAAAAAAGAUGGAAGAAAAUAAGAAGAAAAAAAUUGAUAAGGUAAAGCUUUCCAAGGAACGGAAAAAUAAAUUUAAAUCAUCUAAAGGGCAACAUAACAUCUUUUAA